ACACAAAUGAGAGAACACCUCAACUCUGAACAUUUUACUCGCCCUAGCAGAGCUAGUUAGGCUGUUUUCAUGCUAUCUAGAGCGUUAGUGACUAACUGUGCUGCUAGCAACAAUUGAAUUCCAUUUUCUGCAAACCUUUACUGACACCUGUCAUAUUCAACGGUGUUGCGCGUUCGUAAAUUCAUCAAUUACUCUGUGCUCUAGCACAUUCAAACGUGAGCGUUUUGGAAAUCGGAGUAGAUAGCCAAAAGUAAUCUACGAAUGCACGCUAAAUCGACAUUAUUGAUUGGACGAUUAGGACCAAUGGGAGUAGAGAACGAGAUGUGACGAGUUAACUUUAGUGCUUCGGUCCUUUUUGUUGUUGCGCGAACGGUGCUGAGGCAGGCAGUUUCAGCAUUUGAAGGUAGGUUUAAACAUGUUUUUAACGGUAAUCAUUGGAGAUAUAUUGAUGGCAAUCAUUACGCUUUCAGUGAUGUUUGUCCUUUUUGGGGCAAAGCAACCCUCAGUACUCUGCUGAAAUGGCGUCCUCUGGAGAGAUCCUGGUCAAGGAGUUGGACAAGCGUGCUUCAGGUCAAGCAUUUGAGGUAAUCUUGGCCCCCGAUGCCAAGGGUGAAAUCCCCCUACCUCCCCCAAAGGAGAAGAAGGAGAUGUCCCUAGAGGAAAUCCAGAAGAAACUGGAGGCUGCAGAGGAGAGACGCAAGAGUCAUGAAGCAGAGGUGCUGAAGCACUUAGCUGAGAAGAGAGAGCACGAGAAGGAAGUUCUGAAGAAAGCCAUGGAGGAGAACAACAACUUCAGCAAGACAGCAGAGGAGAAGCUCAAUCAGAAGAUGGAAGCCAACAAAGAGAAUCGCACGGCACGAAUGGCAGCUCUCAAUGAGAAAUUCAAAGAGAAGGAUAAGAAGCUUGAGGAGGUACGAAAGGCCAAGGAAACAAAACCAGAGGGGGAGAACUGAUUUUCUUUUGUAAUAAAAAAUAAAAAAACAUAUCUUUUUGUUCUUCAUUGAUAGUAUCAUAUUUUUCAUUGUUAUAGUUUUGUUCACCUUGUUAGGAUUAGUUAGGCUGUCCAUUGUUGCUUUUGUUGUGGAUGUAUAAGUAUUUCUUCCCCCACCUCCAGUAGAUUUGUGUAUUGUAGCUUAUGACCUUUGAAAUAAGCAGUGUUUUUACCUAUAAGGAAGCAUGCCACUGUUAGACAUUGGUCCUUAACAUUGUGAAUUGCAUAAUGUAAGUAAAUCCUUGUACCUUGUAAAACUGCGGUUAUCUGAGAUUAAUAAAGUUGCAAUUGUUCUUCAAAA